CUUGGCCCAAGGCUUUGGCCACAAGGCUCAGAAGGGAGCUGCCGCUGGGAGAUCACACACUCAGAGCUCGGCGGGGGUUCCGCCACCCCUAUCAGCACUGGAGCGGCCAUGCCGCACCCCUACAGGUGGGAGCAGCUGAACCCGGAUGCGGACCCAGAGCGCACGGUGACUCCGCGCGCUGGUCAUACCCUGACGCCCAGCGGCUCCGGCUUCCUCAUGUUCGGGGGCAUGGACAGCAGGAGAAACGACCAGGGCCAGUCCGCCCCGAACAGCGAUCUCUUCGUGCUGAAGCUGGGUAACGAUCGCACGUACAAGUGGGAACCGAUCGAGCUAGAUGCCGCCUCACAGGUGCCCCCCGCGCGCACGCUGCACUCGGCGGUGGGCACCAGGACCACCAACAACGACGAGGUGUUCAUCUUCGGGGGCAUCCACUCCGCGAUGCCCUACCAGUGCCUGCAGGACGGCUGGAUACUGGACGCCUCGUGCAUGGAGUGGAAGAAGGUCCACUUCAAGUCGCAGCCCACGGGCAACAAGGGAGCCGCGUCGCGGAGGAUGACGGGCCUGAUCCAGGAGCGCAACAAGGAGGAGUGGGGCGUCCGACGGAAGCAGUCCUCCGGCAAGCUGCGCGGCUCCAAAGCGCGAGCCACACUGGCCUCCAGCACGAGGGGGAACAGCACCGCGCUCCGUGCGAGCGGCCCGACGAGCAGCAUCAGCUUCGCCUCGCUGGCCGGGGCCGCCACCCGCGCCGUGCAUGAGAAGCGCGUGUCGCGCGGCGGCUCCAUGGUCGGGCUGUCCGCGCUCAUGGGCGGGCCUGGUGGGGGGUCUGGCGGCUCCUCGAAGAAGUGGCGUGGCAUCCUGCAGAAGAAGAUGGGCAGCAUGCUCCAGGCGCCGCGCAGUGGAGCCAUGAGCAUGAAGAUGCGGAGGCCCGCGGGGCCAGCGAUGGGCGGCGCCAACCUCAUGGCGACCAACGAGGAGCAGUUCCACGAGGAGCUCGUUGCCAUGGUCUCACAGGCGGUGCGCGAUGACUCGGGCCCUGCCAGUGACGUGUUCAUGCCGGCACCUCGCUCUAACCACACCUCGUGCCUGCAUGAGAACGCAGUUGUCCUGUUCGGUGGGCACGGAGGCUUGGGCUACCAGCGGAAGGCGUUCAACGACACUUGGGUGCUGAACUUGGACAACGCGCGCUGGAACGAGCUGACGUGCCAGGGGACACCUCCGCCUCCCCGCUCUGGGCACACAGCGUUCUGCAAGGACGGGUGCGUGUUCAUAUUCGGAGGCUGGAACCAUGAGUCCCAGUUCAACGACCUGUUCAUGCUGGACGUGGAGAACAAGGACUGGAGCGAUCUCGAUCUGUUGUGGGGAGUGCCCAGGUGGAACUGCUCCUUGCAGCUGGUCGAAGCCAUCCCUUCAUGGCGCGUCUUCGUAUUCGGAGGCACCGCCGACAUCGGCGGCGAGGGCAGGAGCGGUGGAUUCUUCGACAACAGGAUCGGCGUGCUGAACCUCGGAGAGAACUACGAGUGGGAGGACCAUCCGCUCGCGAUGAAUCCCGAAGAUCAGCGUCCAAUCCCUCGCGAGCACUCGGCGAUCUGCUAUGACCCGGAGGAGUCGCGCCUGCUCGUCUUUGGUGGCUGGUCCAACAAGUGGCUCGACGACGUGUGGCAGAUCAACGUAUCGUCCAUUGUCGGUCCGCCCUACGCCAUACUGAAGGUAGAGCCGCCGUUGGGUCCCGUCACGGGCCAGAUGAAAGUCAAGGUGUACGGCGUCGGGUUCCUGGCUACUCACGGCAUGGUCAGUGUCGAGUUCGCUGCCGGUAAGUUCAGCGCGAGCACGCAGGGGACCGUCAUCACCGACGAGGUCAUCGAGUGCCUUACACCAUGCGUCGCGAACAGCUUGGGCCCGAAGGAGUGCGUCGUUCGCGUGCAAAUUGGCGCGCGCGACCUGACCACCACGACCACGACCUAUGCUUUUUUCCUCAACUCAAUCGCAGACAAAUCCCUUUGCUUCGGCCCUGGUGUCCUCCAGGAGCAGCAGGCGAACCAGGAGACCCGCCUGAUCAUCCAGCUGCGCAACCAGAACGGCGUGAACCGGACGACGGGGCGCGACGAGUUCGUCAUCACUCUGCAGCAGAAGGUUCCGCUGGAGGACGGCAAGGAGACCAGGCGGGACCUGCCGUUCGAGCUACUGGACAAGAACACCGGCCAGUACGAGAUGAAGUACAUCGCCGAGGAGGGCGACGUGGAAAUUCACAUCAAGCUGCUGGACGAGAACGGCAAGGCACAGCCUGUCCGCGGUUCGCCCUUCAAGGCGUCCUUCACGUCGUCUGCCAGGAAUCGUGCGAACGAGUACUCUGGGCCUCUGGUUACGCAAUGGAUCUCACACAGUUUGAAGGGCCUGGACGAGUUUUACCAGAAUACCAAUACAGGUCACCAGACGAAGAUUAAGGACGGCGACGUCAUGGCCCUGAUCAAGGUGAUGAACCACAUCAAGGACAUGUACGAUCAAGAGGAGGAGCUGAUUCUGCGGCAGGACGAGAUCUUCGAGACCCUCGCGCAGCUCGAGAGGGAGGGAUUGCCAGGCGAAAAGCAGCUGAAGCAACUGAAGAAAAUAGGAGCGAACCUGACGCAGCUCAAGGAGGACAUUAUCGCCAAGCAGAAGGAGAUACAGCCGACGGAGCAGAAGGAGAGCGAUUUGUACAGGAAGAAGAUAAACGAGUUCGAGACCGAGCUGAAGACCUACCAGUCUGGCUUGCGCAAGGAGGCUUAUUAUUUUUACAAGAGCGGCCUGGAGCUCGCCACCAAGCGCUUGAACGACGUCACCGCCGAUUUAGACAAGCUGCAAGCUCGAAUGGACGACCUGUCGUACAUCGCCACCAACUUCAAUUAUGCGGACGCCCUGAUCGGCUCGAAGAAGAUCAUGCAGGCGAUGCGCGAGGACGUCGCGAGCAUGCGUUCGCUUUGGGAAUUCGAGCAGACCAGGAUCACGACCACGGAAGAGUUCCUUGUUGUCAGGUGGGGAGUCGUGGUCGCAACUGAGAUGGAAGACGAGAUCAAGGCGCUAUUUAAGAGGUUGAAGGAGGUAAAGGUGGACCGCAAGUGCGACGCCUACCUUGGCGUCCAGGAUGUUGUCAAGAAGUGGGUGACAUUCCUGCCGCUUGCUGGGGAACUGCGCGACCCCGCGAUGCGGCCGAGGCACUGGACACAGUUGAUGGAGCUGUGCGGGAAGUCGAUCACGGUCACGCCCGACAUCCUGCUGCGCGACAUGUGGAAUUUGGAGCUUCACAAGUUCUCAGACGCCGUCGAGGACACGGCGGACCAGGCGAAGCAGGAGUCGAAGAUGGAGGCCACGCUGAAGAAGAUCUCCGGCGAGUGGGCAGGCGUAGAGUUCGACUUCGAGCCGCACAAGGGCAACGACGAGAUCAAGCUGAUGAAGAUCACGGACGACAAGUUUGAGACUCUGGAGGAGCAUCAGGUUCAAGUUCAGAACAUGUUCGCUUCGCGUUUUCUGUCCACGUUCGAGACGGAGGUCGUGUUCUGGCAGAAGACGCUGGCCAACGUGGCCGAGGUCUCCCAGGCGCUGUCGGAAGUCCAGCGCUCGUGGGCCUUCCUCGAGAACUUGUUCAUCUACAGCGAGGAGGUGAAGAAGGAACUGCCAGAAGACAGCGACAAGUUCGUCGGCAUCGACAUGGAUGUCAAGGAAAUCCUGAAGCAGGGCACCGAGAUGACGAUCUGCAAGGACUUCUGCAACCAGGGCAACAUCUUCCAGCGCCUGGAGAAGACGCAGACGCAGCUCACCAUGUGCGAGAAAGCGCUGAACGAGUUCAUGGACGGCAAGCGCAGAGCAUUCCCCCGCUUCUACUUCAUGUCGUCCGCGGACCUGCUGGACGUCCUGAGCAACGGCAACUCGCCUGCGAAGGUGGUGCCCCAGUUCCCCAAGUUCUUCAUCGCCAUCGACAGCUAUCCGUAG